CUUUGGAAGAACACCCUGUCUGCCGUGCCCGCUGGGUCCCUCUGUGGCCAUGGCCCUCAUCCAAAGUCCAGGAACUAGUGACUCCGAACAGCUAUUGACCGUGACCUUCCUGCUUGUUUCCAAUAUAGAGCCGACCCAUCAGCCACCACUACCUCAACUUGCACUUCUCAUCUUUGCUAUGGCUAACACCCCUUCAAUAAACGUCACUCAGUGGCUACAAUCACUCCCACCCCCAAGUACCGCCUAUCAGUUCUGAUGAUGCACGUGUGCAUAGGUCAAAGGUCCUCUCCCACUUUUAACUUAAAAAUGAUUGAGUAUUGGGUGAGAGCAUCCACUUACAAUAGUGCACCUUAAUUGGGAAGCAUAGUCUUUUGGUCCUCACUAAAUCUAUACCGCUGAUAACGAUAUACUACGUCAAAUUGCAUCUGAUCUACUAUCAAUAGUCAAAAGUGUGGGCUUCACUGACAAGGAAUAUUUUUGGUUUUUAUUUCAACCAGCCAAACAUUCAAGAUGCUUGUUACGUUGCUCGUUUAUACCGCCACUGCAGUCGUGUUAUCUUUCCUCAUUUACUUCAUCUAUGAAGAGUAUGGUUUCAGAGUGCUGAAUCUCCCGCCAGGCCCUCGAUCUCUGCCCCUCCUGGGGAACGUCCUUCAGAUCAACCCAAAAUGGCUUCAUCUGUCCCUAUCACAACUUGCUGAGAAAUACGGCCAUGUGUUCAGCGUUAAGUUUGGCAAGGAUCGGGUGGUUAUACUCAAUAGGGCCGAGACGGUGAAAUCAGCUUACAGCGGUGAAGCCAUCACCAGCAGACCCAAGAUAUUCUCCAUCGACUUCUUUUUGAGUAAGGGCUUUAUGGCCUGCACCGAUCGGCAAGACUUUAAGGUACAUACUAAAGUGAUGAAGCAUGCAUUCAGAGUGAUCAGCAAUUCAAGUUUAGGCUUGAAGCUGGCUAGAGAAGCUGAGAGCCUCAUCCAGACAUUUGAUGCGUAUGGAGCACUCCCGUUUGACCCAAGAGACGACACCAAUCUCGCCUCUCUGAAUGUCCUCUACAACAUCGCCUUCGGGAAACGAUACCAGAAGGGGGACUCUGAGCUACAGGAGAUCUUCAACUACUCCCACGACAUCAUGAAAGCUGUCUCCCCUGUACAUCCCAUCAACCUCAUCCCCUGGUUACAGAGUAUUCCAAACCCCUGGAUUGAUCAUCUCCAAAGCGCCAAGGAUAAACGUGACAAUCAUUUGUUGAGUUUGUAUCAGCAGCACAUUGAUACAUACGAGGAAGGGACCAUACGUGACAUGGUUGAUGCUCUUAUCCGUGUGGCUAAGAAAGCAGAAAGAGAAGGGGAUAGACAUGUAUUGGAUCUGCUCUCACCGGAACACAUCACCACAAACAUCUGGACAAUUUUCUUCGCAGGUACUGACACAGUAUUGAAUGCUCUAUUGUGGGUAUUCCUCUAUAUGGCAGCAUUUCCACACAUCCAGCACCGAAUACAGUCCCAACUUGAUGACACAAUUGGCCACGAAAGAAUGCCCUCACUCGAUGAUGAACAAACACUGCCACUUCUCAGUGCAACCAUCUAUGAAACACUCCGGUAUAGUUCGUUAUCCCUUCUGGGUGUUCCACACGCAGCCGUGAAAGACACAGAAAUAGAUGGAUUCUGCAUUCCCAAAGGCACACAGGUAAUGGCCAACUUUUGGGCAAUUAACCAUGACGAGAAGGUCUGGCAUAAACCCUACGAGUUCGACCCCGACCGAUUCCUGGAUGAGGAUGGCAAGCUCCGCAGUCUGAAAGACUUCCCUUACUUCAUGCCUUUCUCAACUGGGCAGAGGGCCUGCCUCGGCAAGAACAUCGGGAAGUCUGAAGUGUUUGUGCUAAGCGCAUGUCUCCUGCAGAGAUUUACUCUUGAGUUACCGGCUGAGACUGAGGGAGACUUGGAGCCUAAUAUUCACUUUGACCUGGUGCCAAAACCUUACAAGAUUAUUGCAAAACCAAGGAACCCAUCAGAACAAUGACUCUCAUGCAAAUGUUCAGAUUUUUAACGCACACAAUUUUUUGCAUUUUUCAAUUAAGAAUGUACAUAUGUGAAAAACUUUAAAGACACAAGCUGGAUACAGUUUUUAAAUGACAAAUAUAUGUGUACCUAAAUAUGUAUUCGUCUCCGUACCCUUUAAUUUUCCGAAAGAGUUGAAUAUGGUCUGUAAGUUUACUUAUCGUACAUCUGUUCUAAAUAACCAUUUUACGUAUCAAUGCCAGUCUACGCAAUGAAUUCUGUUGCACGCCUGAAAAUAGCGAAUUUGAAAUAGUAACAAAAACACCAAUUGUACAGACAAGUUGUAGCAUUGCCCUCUGUUGACUGUAUUUACUGGUUGAAAAACAAAUGAAUGACAGAAAGACUCUUUUUUUCAGUAACUUAUGGAGUAAAGGAGUUUCAUUCGCCUUGCAGUGUACAUUUGCAAUUUAUCAAACUAAAUAAUAGUUUUAUUGCAAUUGCUGUUUUUUACAUGGUUGGGUUGGAAAAACAACUGACAAAGGCCCAAUUGUAUAAAGUGUUUUAGCUGAAAGCGGUCUUUAUGGCAAUUUUUAUUCGACAGGAGGGAAUUAGCAGGGAACCUGUCACAAACAUUAUAUGAACUAUGGUAAUUUGGCUGGUAAACUGUUUCCACCAUACAAGAUUUUUCAGAGCUAAGCAUUUUUGAUGAGUUGGGCAAUAGCCCUCAUUCUUGAUGGCAGUCAUAAAAGUGGGCUUCACCCAGACAUGGCUAUGGCUUUGCAUUGUGACUUUUCGAGCCUUAACUGAUUUGUAGAUUACUCAUGUAAAUUUCUGCUUUUCGAAUACCAGUCAAAUGGGCUAUGGCACUGGACACUAUUGGUAAUUACUCAAAAUAAUUAUUAUCAUAAACCUUACUUGGUUACGGGUAAUGG